AUGUUACGUCAAUGGCAUUUCCCAUCAUACACCCUGGUCUCCAGUGGGUUGUCGCUCCUGUCUUUAGCCUGGAGUAUCACGACACUCGAGGAAGCAAGAGCAACUAAAGAAAAACGCAAAUUAAAGUUAGUUGAUACAGGCUUGUUUCUGAUUUGGCAACUGUCCACACUCAUAUCAAGAUUAUUCGCUAUCGUUCUUUUCGCUUACGCGUUUGGAUAUCACGUGUUCACUAUCCUGGCAUACCAUUGGCUGCUUGUAGCUGUGACGAUGUUUAAAAUACAAAUAUUUAAUGGAGAAUGUUUCGGAAAAUCCUUACUUUUAUCAUUGCCUGCUGCCUUCCCUUUUCUGUUUCACGUAUCAAAAACCGUCAUUCCAACCAAAGAUCCCAAAGCUGAGAUGAACGUGGGGUGUAUUUUCCUCCUGGUAGGAAACAUCAUCAUGGUGACAUUAUUUCUAGCGAUUAAAAUGCCAGAUGCACCACACUUGAAUGUAUUGCAACCAGUUGCUAUUUUGUGCAUCGUAGGAGGAUCAGUCCUGUCGUUCAUCUGUUUCAAAUUGUGUUCGCACCACAUGAAUUUCAGCAGUUCUCCAUUUGAAAGGUAUUGUGAGCACGAAAGUACUGAUAUUGGUCAAAUAGAAUCGGCAGACCUUAAUAAUGAUACGCCAGUGGCUUGCACAAUCAAAGAAUGUGUGAAAGCGAAAAAGGACCAUCGUCAUAAUUAUAAUACGCAAAUGUGUCAACCUUCCCCGACUCUUUACCUUCCUGAAACAACCUUGCGAGACGAGCCUGCGGAGCAUUGGUCAGCAAACGAGAAACUCCAAACAUUAUCAUCCAGGUCUCUCCCUAAACCUCGCCGUGAUUUUGGGCAUACGAAUGAGACAAUAGACCAUCGUAAUAAUGAUAAUACGCAAAUGCAUCCUUCCCAGACUCUUUCCCCUGGUCGAACGAACACGCAGGACGACCUUGCAGACCAUUCGGUAGAGAACAACGGCUUUUCUUCAAGCAUGUAUGAAAUAGUCGCGUCUACUACAACAAGCGCUUACAAUUAUUUG